AUGGAGCCAGCGAACAGUCUCUUGGUAAAUCCUCUGAGCACCAAUUUGGUUAAUACUUUUCGCAAGCCUUCAACCACAAAAGCCGUCAGGACCAAAAAGAGCACUGUUAUGUUACAGAAACCGCACGAUGGCGCAACACCGGUUCGCUUUUACAGGUCUCCGGCACUCCUCCUUCUGGGUCUGCUCACGCAGACGCAUACGAUGACGGGAACCACAGAAGAGCUGACCCCCAGUGUCUGUGAGCCCGCAGACCAGCCAAUGUCCUGUCGCUGCGACGAAGUGCGGGACCCCGGUAUGGAGGGCGGCACGGAAGUGACGUGUUUCGUGGUCAGGACGCUGUCGGCUGACCACGCCGUCUUCAAGUCCCUGGAAAGGCUACCGUCAGUCGUGGCGGUCACCUUCACCGCGUUCGGAGAGACGUAUAAGUUGGACUUCGUGCCCACUGUGUUCCUGCGUCGGAAACCGCUCCUCGAUCGCCUCAAAUUCUCGCAGGCCGAGCUGGGCUCUCUGAAGAGUCACUCUUUCUACAACCUCUCCAAGCUCGCCGUCCUUUCUCUCGACUCCAACGGGAUCACGCAGCUCCAGAAGGAUUCUAUCGCCCACUUACCACGGCUGAGGAAACUCGAACUGGGAGACAACAAACUCGAGCGUUUAACGACGCGUUCGUUCCCCCACCUUCCCCUGCUGACCUACCUGUUCCUUGAGCGGAACCAGAUCGAGGUCAUUGAGGACCUCGCCUUCGCGGGGCUCUCGAAGCUGAAAGAGCUCGACCUGAGCGACAACGCGAUGACCAACCUGACCGAGCGCACGUUCGAGGGCCUCUCCCAGGUGAAGCGUCUGGACAUGUUCAGGAACAAGCUGCGGCGGUUGGACGCCCGGGUCUUCGGCGCCAUGCCCCUCCUGUCCGAACUCGACCUCAAGUACAACGAGAUCUCCGAGGUGGAUCCGGUGGCCUUUGACGGACUCGCGCACCUGACGGUCCUGUACCUGUCCCACAACCGGCUGCGCGUCUUGCCUGCCAACAUGUUCGUCGGAGCGCCCAAUCUGGUGAACGUGGACCUUUCGCAGAACAGGCUGCUCACGCUUACCUGGAGGACGGUCGAGGACUUGAGGAAGAUCGGCGCGGAGUCCUUCGACAUGAGCCUCACUGGCAACAAGUUCAGCUGCGACUGCCGCCUCGCCUGGGUCUUGCACCUGGAAAAUGCCACCAGGAGUGACAAGUUCCGGCGCGAGCUGCGACACGUCAAGUGCGACUUCGAAGCCCAGGGCAAUCUGAGCAGCAGCAAGGUGUCCCGACUCAGUGUCAGUCAGCUGGGCUGUUCCGAGGACUACGCUAAACCCAGCUUCGUCACGGCAUCGCGCGGCAAGGUUCCCCCGCGGCGUCCGUCAGUCGAAGACAAGGGAAGACGUGGCGACGACAAUGAAGGAAACAAGAUCGUGGGCGAUGGCGCCGUUUUGAAUGUUCCUGACACGGUAACCAAAAAUGAACGCGACCGGGACGCGCAGUCGAUGGACAACGACGUGGAAGUGGUGCUCAGCCAGCAGAAGGCGCUGCGCAAACAUACUUCUAGGUCUCGGAAGAGCAACGGGAGCCCAGCUAAAGCCGUGGCGUUUGCUCUUCAGGCACUCCAGUUUAUGGGACUGACUGCGUUCUCCAAGACCCUGUCUACGUGUAGGUGA